GAAACAAGAUACGGCCAAAUAGUUGACAAUCUGCGGAAGGCCAUCUAACGUUGGACUGAUAGUUCAACCUCACAAUCUCCAAAAUGUUCAAGCCAUAGUACAUAUCGUCUGCUUUGUGAUUUGAAUAUUAAGGCGUAGAUAGCCUUACAAUGAAGAUAAUAGUCUAUGGUAACUGCCACCUGUCAAUGAGGAUACCUCGGAAGUGGGGAUAUUGUACCUCUUAGGAGUGUAUGAGCGCUCCUGCGCACGGCAGCACAGGAGUUCAACAAGCAGGAGUAACUGACAGUGAAAUUCCCAGUAUGCUAUGAUUUAUAUACAACAUUGCAAAUUUUACGCGACUAUAAGGGUGUGACAUGGCGUCCACAUCUGCUGAGCGGCCGGCUAAGCGAGUGCGGCAAGCUUGUGAACCAUGCAGACGUAAGAAGGCAAAAUGCCCUGGGGAGCAGCCAGUCUGCUCCUUAUGCGCCCGGUUAAACCAGCAAUGCGCCUAUGCUGGAGAACAUAGGAGAUCUUCGACAACUGGGCUUCCCAUCCCACGGGAGGCGGCUUCUGUUCCUCCCAGCUCAGAAAACAGGAUAUCGGAGAUCUUGGAGGAACGACUGGGGAGCCUAGAAGCAAGAAUGGGGCAAGUUCUUGAUGCCCUGGGGCAGAACACCCCCAGACCAGAGCCACGGGAAACUGCUCCUCGCACUGCUGUCAUGAGUAAUGCCGUAGCAUCAUCCCUUCUAAGCCCAACCAUUCCCUUUCCCACCUGGGAAAAGGUGCUCUCGAUGGCAGAGCUGUAUCUGACAUAUUGCCACUCUCAGCCUCUUCCACUCUUUCAAAAGGAAGGCUUUCUCGAUAGCCUGGGGAGCCGUGACCCAGAGAUAGUAUAUGCCAUGUUGGCGCUAAGCAUUCGGUUCUCCCCAGAGGAGAGUUCGCGGACUGGGGGGUUUACGUCGCUUAUAAAUGGUUAUACGGAAGUAGCCAGGGGCUUGGUUAUGAGGAGGGUUUCGGAAGGACCAAUAGAGCUCUCAACUCUCCAGAGCCUAUGUCUCUUGAGCUUGGUGGAUUUUGCCAAUGGAAACACGCACCGCUCAAGCAUCCAUUGCAGUUUGGCAAUGAACCUGGCACAAUGUGCCAACCUUGGCUUAGAGUCUGGGUUAACACAAUCCCUUGUUGCACGCGAAGAGCGUAGGCGCUGCUUCUGGAGUAUCUGUCUUUUGAAGCGCCUUCACGGAGUCGAUUUCGACAACCUAGAUUUUCCUGAUGGCUGCUUUCCUCAUUUUCCAGAAAGUCCUAGCCGGCCGCCUCCAACGAAAUCAUCAAGCAAUGGGAUGAAUGAAACACGGUCAUCAGGAAUGCAGGAUCAGGGUAUCUUAGCCUACGUGAUCAUGCUCAGUGAAAUUUUUGCGAAAACUGCAAAAUAUGUUAGACGCCAUGGAAAGCCCAGCAACGUACCCCCUUGGUCCUCACAAUCAGAGUAUUCGAGAAUAUUGACUGCCCUUAUGGAACGGGAAACGCAAAUGCCAUACAGCCACAGAUUCAAGCCAGCUAACCUGAGUGAAAGAACGCUCGAAGAUCUCCAAGAAAGGAGGGAUUACUGGGGCCCAUGGUUACUGAACCAAUUUUUAUAUCAUACGAUUUUGUGUCUUUUAAAUCAUCCGCUCUUGCUCUCUCUCAGCCUCCGAAAUUUUCGCAGUACGAUUCCAGAGAUUUUCUUGCAGCACAGCUCGGAUUUGAUCUCAUCGCACACGACAUGGAUAAUUCAUUUUAUCGACUACUUCGAAGAGAGGUCUUUUGUUGUCUCGGAUCCCUUCCUGGGCUAUAGUGCUGCCGUGGUAGCAACAAUUGAGUUACAGCUUAGCUUCACGGAGAAUACUACAAUUCGCGAAGAAAAACGCAACAGGUUCUACAAAUGUGUUAGUUUCGUGCAAAAUCUAGGAUGCAAGUGGUCACAUAUGGCACGUUUGGCGGACAGAUUGCAGAGAUUGGAAGAUGCCGUGUCAGCAUCCUAUGAACUUGAGUCUGGUGCUCAGAAUAAGUACUUACUUAUAGAUCUCUCACGCUUCUGGGAGAUUCUCGAGUAUUCCUCCAAUAGUGAUGCAGAGUCAGCCCGUCGCAUGUUUGGGGACUCACUCUAUUCGGAAGCUCCUACCCCUGGAGCCGAAGUGUCACAGACGUCCCCUCUACCGGAGCCUUUUCGCUUACACACACAGCAAGCUCUGGCACAGUCACCAACCUCUCAAUUUAAUAUUCAGACCCCUAUCGUUACGGCCGAUGCGCAGUACCCCAUGGGUGUUGGCUCGCCUUCAUACGAUGAAUUCUCAAUAUUAGCUACGAACUUCUUUUCUCAAGCCCAGGACUUUCUACGAAGUGGUGAUCCAAGGAACAGCUUUGGAAAUCUAUAACCUCAACAGUACGGGUAUAUCAUAGAGUUCCUACUUCGAUCAUUUGCUUUUGCACAGUGGCUGUGGACCAUGUCGCAGUGAGAGCUUCAAGCUUUCAAAUCUAGGAAUCAAAUAAUUUGGUAUCUAUCUUCAAAAUAAUUCAUCGGAGCGAACUUGACAGAACUGGUCUCAGUCCUGACCAAAUGAUCUAGUGAAACCCAUCACUGCUGCAGUGCAUCCUUGAAGAUCUUCACAAAUGUCCAAACCUCGCUGAAGCUGUUGUACAAAGGAACCGGAGCGACACGCACGACACCCGGCUCCCGUUUAUCGCAGAC